AUUUUAUAUUCCCAUACCAAACACCCCCUUAAUCUCAAUUUGAGACGGUCCCCGCCAAAGUUUUGGCACUACUUUCAUUUCUUGUUCAACAAUCUAUGACAUCUCAGAUUCUACUCAAAUAAAUUGUUCCAUUUUCUCGACGCUUUUCUGCUUCGACACUUCUCACUCUCAGAAUCCAAAAUCUCACUGGAGUUUACCUCAUUCUUCGUCACUUUAAUCAGAUCCUUGGCAUAAUUUUUCUGCUAAACGUUGAUUUUUCGAUACCUUCUAGCCUUCUCCCGCCGUCGCCUUUGCCGUUGACGCCAAAUCAAUCUUCCGGGUAGUCCGUCAUUUGUUGCAACUGCAAGUUUCAUCUCUCAAUGGGGGACAGCCAAUACUCCUUCUCUCUCACUACUUUCAGUCCUUCUGGUAAGCUGGUGCAAAUCGAGCACGCUCUAACUGCUGUUGGAUCUGGGCAGACUUCUCUUGGCAUCAAGGCUGCUAAUGGUGUUGUUAUUGCUACUGAAAAGAAACUUCCUUCAAUCCUGGUGGAUGAAGCAUCUGUUCAAAAAAUUCAAAUUUUGACACCUAACAUUGGAGUUGUUUACAGUGGCAUGGGUCCUGAUUCUCGUGUUCUAGUCCGUAAAAGUAGGAAGCAGGCAGAACAGUAUUAUAAACUCUAUAAGGAACAAAUCCCUGUUACACAACUUGUCCGGGAAACUGCUGCUGUCAUGCAAGAAUUCACACAAUCAGGUGGUGUAAGGCCUUUUGGGGUAUCUCUUUUGAUUGCUGGAUUUGAUGAAAGUGGUCCACAAUUGUACCAGGUGGAUCCCUCUGGUUCAUAUUUCUCUUGGAAGGCUUCAGCAAUGGGAAAGAACGUCUCCAAUGCUAAGACUUUUCUCGAGAAAAGGUACACGGAUGAUAUGGAACUUGACGAUGCUGUUCAUACAGCUAUAUUGACGCUGAAGGAAGGUUUUGAAGGCCAAAUAUCAGGGAAAAAUAUUGAGAUAGGAAUCAUUGGUACGGACAGAAAGUUCAGAGUUCUAACACCAACGGAAAUUGACGACUACCUGGCUGAAGUUGAAUAAAUCGCAUUUCAAGUAUAAUCUGCUGUAUUUUCCGAGUUCCUGGCACAAUGCUGAUUUACGUAGAUUGGUUCUGAUCCUCCUAGUGGCUGCUACUCUGACUGGUAGCAGAAUCCAGAAUCAAAAUUAAGCUUGUAGUGACAUUAAAUUAGAGACGAACUAUGUGGACGUUAAAUUAGCAGUUCAUCACCCUUUUAUAAAAGUAGACUAUUUGUAAUUUUAAUCACUAACAGCAACGAAAUUAUUUUGUUUCUAAAUCAUCGUCACAACCCUAAUAUUGUUUGUAGUGCCAUAUUUACCGAAUACCAAAUAAAAGUUGUAAUUGCGAUGGUAAAAAGCAGCAAACAAGCGUUUGUUGCCAUUUUAUCGGAGACGAUCUCGUGACGGACCAGUGACGAUAAAACUUUUUGUACUUUUACCUUAUCUGAAUUACAUCUGACCUAUUAUUAAGGCAAUAAUUUGAUUUUAACUUUAUAGAUAUCCUAUAUCACUCGAUUUAAAGUGACUCGAGACCCUAACCGAAUUUAAUCGAUAUCAAUAUGACCUAAUAUCAUCAUCACCCGCAAAUGACAUGACUUAAUAUAACAUAACUCACACUUGUCCGAACUUGAUAUCAAAUAAAUUCGCAACU